AUGGAUGAAAGAACAGCGAAAAUUUUGGCACCAAUUAAGAAAAUUUGUAAGGAAAUCAUUUCUAAUGACUCGAUUGAUGCCUGUGUAAAGGAAUUGAUCCAAAAGAUCAAAGUAAAAGACUCGUCUUUCCUUCAAUAUCACACAUUCUUACUAUUAAUUGAAUUGAUUAAGGACAAUCCAAAUUUGGAAGCAACUAAAGUGAAAAAGGUUUUUGAAGUGCUGGAUUUUAUGUUAAACAAUAAUGACUUCAAAAAAGUAAAGAGGAAUGUGGCUGUUGUCUUCUACAACUACUUUCUCAGUCUAAAUGAGACAACUCCAGACUUUUUCAUUAAAGAAUCAUUAGCUCUAUUCAAAGUGACAUCCGAAACAGAAGAGAAUAUGCUGGACCUACAUUUUGGCUUCAUUCAAAAAUGUUUGAACUUUACAAAGAUAUUUAAUGACAAGACUUCUGUGGAUAUAAUUAACCAAAAUGCUCGACAGUUAAUUAAGCUAGAUUCUAACGAGACACAUGUCAAGAUCCUUCAAUUGCUGUCUCAAAUUGUCUAUAAUUAUUACAGAAAAACAAAAUCAUGGACAAUGUCAAUUGACUUUUUACAAAACUCUUUUUAUCAGGAACUAAAGACUUCCAACAUGAAAAUUAAGAGUAACGAAGCUUUUUUGGAAUACACAAACUUAAUCGCAACCAUUAUGUACAGUAAAAAUCCUGACAUGCUAACAGUUUGUUGUAAAAUCAUUGCUGAAUAUCACAAGCUGCUAGACGAUAAGGAACACAAAGUCCUUAAUAAAGCUCUACAUAAAAGUCUGUCAAAUCUCCCAUACUCUACAAUUACUGAAAAGGCAAUAAAGGAUGUCUUUCAAUCAUACUUUAAAGAUGCUACAUCUUCAACAGACAAUGUCAUCCAGCAUAAAGUAAUUGAGAUAAUAAGAAGACAUUUUCUGAACCUUACAGGUCAUUUCGAGAAGUCUGCUAAAUGCAUUAAGGCUUGUCAUGAUUUUGUAUUUUCACUGUUUAAUUUGGUUAAAUAUAUUAAGAAACAAGAUGACAAAAUGUGCUGCGCAGACACAAGACGACACUCUAUUUUUGAGCUCUCAAUUGAAAUGAUAAUAUACAUCAACAAGGCACUGGAUGACAAAAUAUUCACUAAGGAAAUCGAGAAAAUUCUAAUGUAUUACGUGGAUUAUGCCUUAAAAAUUUAUAAUGACAUUAAGUGCCCAUCAAAACAGACAAUGUGCAAAAAUCUUCAAAUUACGUUAUAUGAAAUAUUAGCAUGUUUAUAUAAUGACAAUAAGGACAUGCUUUACACUGAUUUGAGUAAGUUUGCUAAAAUCUAUAAAAUAAUGAUAAGUUUAGUAGAAUCGUCAGGCGAUGAAAAGAUUCCAAAGCAUAUGAUCAGCUUAGGAAUAUGCAUGAAUAAUAUAAGUUUUGAUGAGACUGAAAAUAAUGCUAAAACCUAUGCAGAAAUCCUCACAUAUCCAAUAAUUCAUUCACUGAAUACUAAGGAUGAAAACUACAUACAAAAGUUACCAAAAUUACUUUCUAAUGUACGUUCAACUGUGCUUAAAAUUAAGUAUACAAGUGCUGUGGAUUAUUUCAGGAAGAACUUGAAUAGUUCAGAUGUAGAUGCCCAUAUUGAUGAAAUUACACUGUUGGAACUAAAAGCACUUUCUCGUUUUAAUUCACAAAAUAUCGAAGGCAUUUCUGAGCUUUUUAAAGUAAUUUGCGAGAAAACUGACAAUUUGGAAUAUUUUGGACGUGCGUGCUUAUCAGUCAAUGACCGAGUUUUGAAGACCAUUGACUUGAAGAAAUUUAAAGACUUAAAUGAGCGACUUGAAAAGUACAAAAGCGACAAUAUUCAAGUUUCAAUUGCAUUAGCAUUAAACAACUAUUACCUGUAUUGCAUUGAGGCUGAAAACAUGGAAACGAAGAUAGCAGAUGAAAUAAAGACAUCAAAAGAUGCUCAUCCUAAGUGCUUAACAUUAGAAAGUGAGGUAAAGAUCUUGAAGCAGUUGGACAACUUUUUAGACUAUACAAUGGACGUGCUAUUUAUGAUUAAAGAUAAUCCAAAGGAACUAGAAAAGAUUCCAUCUUUGAGGCUGUUCACAACAAUCCUUGAGAAUGUCUCGACUCAAUACUUUGUUAGAGGAAUUGCCAAUAAGGAUUUAGAGACAAAAUUAGUUUUAUGGAACUUACUUCAAUAUGACAAGGACAAUCAUUUAGAUUUGAUUAUAGACACGGCGGCAUUUUUCUUAGACAAUUUGGAUAGAAUGAUUGGAAGUUCUGGACAUUACAUUACAUUUUCUAAACGACUGAAUUAUAUAAGAGCUGAGGAAGUGAUUUUAAAGGCAAAUGCUGUUCUCGAGACUUUACUAGUGGAUAUCGAAAAUAAGCAUGAAAGGCAACAAGUUCGUCCAAUGAAUUACAUGCUAAGUUUGUGGGUACAUUACGCUGUUAAUGGACGUAAAGCUGACAGUCUUAAAAUCUGGCAGAAAUUUCAGGAAACUCGACAAAUUAGCAAUCUCCAAGCACCACUUUAUAUUUGUACAAUUGAGGCUAAAAAGCAUAUGGGAAUUGUGGAUAUAAGCCUUAAAUGCUUUAAGAAAAAUGCAGCAGAUCACAUGUAUAAGGCAAUGAAGAAUCUCCAAAGUAUAAACACACUUUAUGCUGAUUAUUCAAACAAUUAUCAAUUCCUGUACCGAAAUAUCAUCAUUAAAGCCAUCAAUUACUCAAUUAAUCGCAUGAUUGAUGUUGAUCAUUAUGCAAGCACUAUGAUGCAACUUAAAAUUCAGGCUGUUCAAAAAGGAUUGUUUGUUAAAACUUUGGAUUUCCUCUCGUUGUCUGUUAUGAGAUAUUUGAAUAUGGAAAAGCUUGAUGACGCUAAGACUGACUUAAAGAAGAUGUCAACUAUGCUAGAACUAGAAGAUGAUAUACUGAUUGAGACUCCAAUAUCAUCGAAACCUACUAGUCAUGUUGUUGAAGUGCAAAACAAUGAAAUUACUGUCCGAAAAGCCAUUCCAAAGCCAUCAGAUCGCAAAUCAAGGAUUGAAAUCUUCGACGAUUCAUUUGACAACUCUAGGAACUUGAUUGAACAACUCAGGAACUUUGUACACGAUUAUUCUUGCAAAUGCAUGAUCUGUGAAUAUCCACAUCUUAAGUUUAUGCUGUUUCAAAUGGGAUGUCAUUACUCAAGAUUGCUUUUUUUGAUGAAUAAGUUUGAUAUUAGUAAGAGCUUCAAUGAUUAUGCUCUUGGACCGUGGAGAUACUGCAGUGUUAAAAUAUUACGUACCAAAGAAACUGGAGUUUUCAAUAUAAAUAAAAAGGAAUUCAUCACAUUCUCAAUUCGUUGGCUAUUUCAAGUUGUUGAUAGCUUCGUUAUGACCAAAGAUUAUUCAAGGAUUGAGGAAAUACUCACAGAAGUUGAAUUGCUAUGUACGAGUAAUAUUGAGGAUUAUGAGUGCAUUAAACAGGCACUUCAUGCUCGAAUGCAAAACUUGGAGUUUCUCUUGCAAAACGGAAAGACAUUUUUUGUGGAAGUUAAGGAAAAGCCAUUAAAAUUUGAAGAUUUUCUUAAAAUAAAGACCCCAAAAUCAUCGACUAGCGUUAUGCUGACAGUUAAAAAUCCAAAACUUACUGUCGAAAGGAAAAAGUCACCACAAUCGGAACCAUCGAAAAAAACUCAAAAGACAGCAAGCAGCAAAACCAAAUUAGUAGAUUCAGUCAUUUAUAUUGAUUCGGAUGACAGUGAUAAAGAAGCAAGGACUAAACCACCGAAGAAAGUGGCAAGUGUGCCUGCAAAGUCAACGAGAGCUGCAAAAAAGGCUCCAGAAAUCGACAUCACAGCUGAAAAGCCUCGUACCCGUUUGAGAAAAUAUUUAUAA